AUGUUUUCUCCGGUGUUGCGACUUACUACCCUCUUCUCCGUAUUCCUCCAUUUGCUCAUUGAAGUUCACGGAAGUGCAGACGAAUAUCGUCUUCUAGGAGAUCUACGCCACAAUUAUGACCCAUACGAACGACCCGUUGCCAACUCAUCCGAACCACUGGUGGUCUCUGUGAAAAUUUAUUUACAACAAAUUUUAGAUGUUGAUGAGAAAAAUCAAGUGAUCACAUUAGUCGCUUGGAUAGAAUAUCAAUGGACCGAUUAUAAAUUGAAGUGGGAUCCCAGUGAGUAUGGAGGUAUCAAAGAUAUUCGAAUACCAGGAAAUGCAAAUGCAAUUUGGAAACCAGAUGUUUUGCUAUAUAAUAGCGCUGAUGAGAAUUUCGACUCUACAUAUCCAGUGAACUAUGUUGUGAGCUACACCGGCGACGUGCUCCAAGUACCCCCGGGAAUACUCAAAUUGUCGUGUAAAAUUGAUAUCACCUAUUUUCCAUUCGAUGAUCAAAUAUGUCAUCUCAAGUUCGGUUCCUGGACAUAUAGUGGAAACUUCAUCGACUUGAGAAUCAACGGUCCCGAGGGGAAGAAUAUAUCUGAUGAAGGGAUUGAUGUGCAGUAUUAUGUGCAAAACGGUGAAUGGAAUUUGUUAGCUGUACCCGCUCGUCAUGAAACCAACAUUUUCGAUGAACAACCAUAUCCAUCACUUUUCUUCUACCUUAUCAUUCAACGCCGCACACUUUAUUAUGGAUUGAAUCUGAUCAUCCCUUCUUUCCUAAUAUCCCUCAUGACUGUUCUCGGUUUCACACUUCCGCCAGAUGCUGGAGAGAAAAUCACAUUGGAAAUCACUAUCCUCCUCUCCGUGUGUUUCUUCUUGAGUAUGGUAGCGGAUAUGACACCGCCAACAUCUGAAGCUGUUCCAUUGAUUGGCGCAUUUUUCUCAUGUUGUAUGUUGGUCGUUUCUGCCUCUGUCGUCUUUACUGUCUUGGUCCUAAACCUCCAUAACCGCAAACCAGAGACCCAUGAAAUGAGUCCAUUUCUCCGUGAGCUUCUGCUUAUUUGGCUUCCAUGGCUUCUGCUAAUGAGACGUCCAGGAAAAACAGUAUUUAAUUGCGCCCAUAUCAAAGCGGAGAAGGCUGAAGAGAAAGCGAAGCAGGAUUCGUUUAAAAACGGAAAAGGCCCGACCAAGACUACCGACUCUGUUCAUCCAUCUGAUGGUUUUUCGUUGAUGAGGAAUAUUAAAAUGCAGCGACAAGCAACUAUUGAUAUAGAUGGAGAAUUCCAUGUUCAACAUAAUCACUUAAUGCCAGUGGCUCCAUCCGAGACUCCUAGAGUUGUCUAUUCAAAAGUAAUGGCCGAGUCUUAUGUGGAAGACAGUAAGAUCAUCAGUACGAAAAAAAUCUUCAGUGUCUUUUUUGCAGUGGUGAUGACGGAGCUAAACAAGUACAUGCAAAAAGCGUGUCUGGAGUUAAAGAACAUUUCGACGCAAACGAAAGCAAUGAGGAAGAAGAUGGAAGAAGAUGAGAGGGAUGAGCAAGCAGCGAACGAUUGGAAAUUCGCUGCGAUGGUUGUGGACCGGUGUUGUUUGAUUACAUUUUCCGUUUUCAUUGUUGUGAGCACAUGUGGAAUUAUGUUCAGCUCUCCUCAUCUCAUUGCCUAA